AUGUCGUCUUCGGUACAAACAAAUAAUGAUGUUGUUCUGCUGAUUACAAUGACAAUGAUGAUGAAGAUGGCGAUAAUGUCAGAUGCAGCAGUGUACAAGGUUGGAGGCUCUGAUGGUUGGACCUCCAUUGGCCGUGUAGACUACAAGAAUUGGGCUGCUUCUAAGAACUUCCAAGUUGGUGACACCAUCAUUUUUGAGUACAAUCCCCAAUACCACAAUGUCAUGAGAGUGGCAUAUGAGAUGUACAAGUCAUGCAAUGUUUCAGAAGGGACUACUUUGGUAACCUUCAACACAGGAAAUGACUCCAUAAAACUCAACCAUUAUGGGCAUCACUUGUUCAUGUGUGGCUUUCCAGGGCACUGCCAAAAAGGCCAAAAGGUUGAUAUCAACGUCGUCAGGGUUUCUGCAACAAAAGCUCCAACUCCAUCAAGAACAAACGAUGGCCUUUGUUCUUGCCCUAACAAAGCUGCCCCUUUCAUGUCUUCUUUUGUUCUUAUGAUAGCACUCUCCAUGUCAUUAUUGCUUGAUCUUGCUGCUUUCUAA